CGAAGCCCCCCCCGCCCUAUAUAUGCCUCUCCAAAAUGCAGCGGGGCUCCUUCCUCCCGUCCCGCCCGGCCGCGCAGCUCAGCGCCCUACUGCCCGCGGGUCUCCGUCCCGGCUCCGCGCCCCGCUCCUUCCCCCUCCCCUUUUUCCUUUUUUUUUUUUUUUUUUUUUAAUUAUUUUUUUCUUUUAAUUUUCUGACCUCCCCCUCCCGUUUUUCUCCUCGCCCCUUCCCCGCGGCCGGUUUGCAUGCAUUGUCUGUCUCCCAAGAUGGUUUGUGAGACCAAGAUUGUGGCGGAAGAUCAUGAAUCAAUCCCGGGAUCCAAAAAAGACACAAUCAUUGUUUCCUCCUCCCAGAUGUGGCCCUCUUUGGCCGGCUCCACUCCCUCCCCCCCACCUCCCCUCACCCCACCAAAAGAAGACCCCCGGCGCGACAAUGUCUAUAUCCGCGAAUUCCACCCCUCCGAGCAGGAGGUGGUGUGCCGCAUCUUUUACGAGGGGAUCAUGGAGCGGAUCCCCAACACGGCGUUCAGGGGGCUGAAGCAGCAGCCCCUCACUCAGCUGCUCUACGGGCUGCUGGCGGUAAUGUGCUUUGUUGUGACCAAGUCCUUCCUGCUGACCUGCUGUUUGCCCAUCUUUCUGAUGGGCAUGAGGUACUACUUCAGUAGAAAAGUUAUCCUGCACUAUCUCGAUUGUGCGCUGCACACGGACAUGUCCGAUAUUGAGCAAUAUUACAUGAAACCGCCAGGCUCCUGCUUCUGGGUCGCCGUCCUGGACGGCAACGUGGUGGGGAUCGUGGCGGCGCGGGGCAACGAGGAAGACAACACGGUGGAGCUUCGCCGCAUGUCCGUCGACUCCAACUACCGCGGCAAAGGGAUCGCCAAGGCCCUGGGCCGCAAAGUGCUGGAGUUUGCCAUGCUCAACAACUACUCCUCUGUCGUGCUGGGAACCACGGCCGUGAAGAUGGCAGCCCACAAGCUCUAUGAGUCCUUGGGGUUCAAGCACGUGGGUGUCGUCGAACAUUAUGCCCUGCCAGGGAUGACACGCUCCUUACUGGAGAGAAUGUUUUUCCAGGUCCGCUACCACCGCUACCGCCUGCAGCUGCGGGAAGAAUAAAAAAAAAAAAAAAAAAACCCAACCAAACAAACGAGAAAAAAAAAAAAAUUUUUUUCCUCCUCUUCCUCCUCCUUCAAAAAUAAUAAAUUACCCUUCUGUUUCUCAUCACCGUUGAUUUGCCAAUUUUGGGUUGAGUUUUUGUUCCCUCAUGUCACCUUUUGGUUUGCUCCGUUCAGCUCGAUGGGCCGGCCCUUCCUCGCAUGCUGUAGGUGGUGGUGCUGGGAGUCCUGCGACCCGGCGGGGCAGAGCGGAGCAGCGGCCUCUCCUUCCCAGGUACCUCCGUAAAGCACAGAAACUUAACUGCAGAAUAGUACCACUUGCUCUGGUGUACAUAGUCUUCUCCUUUUCCAAAUGUAAGAUAAUAUAACAUAGUGAUGCAUUCAUAAUAGUGCAGAAAUAUUACUUGAAUGCAGUUUUCAGUAUUUCACACACCAGUAAAGUAGAACACGCAUUCGUCCUGCCGUUAUUUACUGGUUAAUAGUUUUCAAAGAAAAGGUGGGGGGCAAACCCCACCCCCCUGCCCCAACCCGCUUGCUACAAUGCAUGAAGAGGAAAGCGCGUGCACGCACUCAAACACAUCGCACUGCCACCACGGCACUGGUGUUGCACUUUUUUUGGAUGUGCCUCAUUCUGCCAAAUGCCUGAGAGACCCUGGGUGCAUCCGGUAACCACAACUCCACUCCACCUCCCCCUCCUUCCUAAGCCAGCACAAACUCGGACCGGCUGAACUGAGCCCCAUUGUACCAUAGUGUGAAGUUAAGAUCAAACCUAAAUAUCUCCUGUGCUGUUCCGUAGCCACGUGUAAUCUGCAGUCCUGGGCCAGACUCCGCAUGUGCGUUGGACUUUCUCUUUGCUGCCUUUUGGGGGUUUUUUUGUUGUUUGUUUUUAUUUUUAAGGGUUAUUUUGUUGUUGUUGUUGUUAUUUUUAGUUUUGGCUUUUGCUGAAUGGUGUCGUUGAGGCGUAAUGGAGGCUGCAGUUCCUAUGGCAACACAUUUGCACAUUAAUGUGCGCACCAAAUCUCACCACUUCAGAGAAGCAACGUGUGACAGAUAAUAGCAUUUUGGGGAGUGCCGGGGUGGGGGGGGAAACGUACUUAUUAUCUUAACCAGCUGCUUGUUUGAUAAAUGUAGAUGGCCUCACUGCAGCCUUCCAUCAAAGGUAAUUAACUGCUUUAAUGAUGUCAGAUUUGUGAAUUGUACAAUGCAAAAAGCAAUGCAAAGCAGAUUCGGCAUGUGUCUGUACCCAGUAUGUAUGUACAGUGCCUGCCAACUAAAGAAUAACCAAGACUACAGCUUCUUCUAGCCUGAGAUAUCAACUUUUAUAACUUAUUUAAACAAAUAGCAACCUUGCAUGAAUUAUGUCUUGGGGAAAAAGAAGAUCGGUAGGUUUUAAUUUUUAAAGCGUGGUGUCAGAGGUAUUACAGUAAACCAUUUCUGGCUGCACUUAAUUUGGGGUGGGUAGAGGGGUUUGGCUCAGCUAAUACAUUUAAAGGGAAAAAGCCCUUCAAUUCCUGGGGAAAAAAAUAAUUACUAUUUUAUGAAGUAUUAUGUGUGUGUUGAGGGGGUAACCCCACCACCUCGUCAUGAACUUGGUGAAAGGGUAGAGCAUGUGUUAACCGUGCUUUCACUUGCAAAUACAAUGGAAGCAUCAGCGGGAGAGCCUUAGAAGGAAGGAGCCAUGGGGUGGAAGUGGGGGCAGACAGCAUGGACCUUGGACAGGGGGUGCUGUCUCUCUUACUCCUACCGGGAGCUGCCCUUUCCUCUCCAGGCGAAAGCUUUCCCAGCACUGAGACAUGGCCAGUGAUGCUGAAUGAGAGCAGAGGGGAGGGGAUUCACCCCAUCCCUGCUGGUUCAUGGACCGGGCACUGAUGCUGGGGGUGGAGGAGCCAUUUGGCACAACACCGGUAGCGCUUUCAGUGGUGGGAUUGAGCUUGGCCCAGCCUUUAAGGAGUUGGAGGGACAGAGUCCCAGUGUGUGUCCCAGCAAUAAGGGGGGAGAAACAAGGAUGGUGAAGGGCACUGUAGCAAGAGACCAUGAGUUUAAUUAACAAAAUUUCUGUAUGGGGCACUAUAUUUUUAAAAGUCUUUCUAUGCUGUACAUUUCUCCUGAAGCUGAAAUAAUGUACUGUUGGUAGGGGUUCUUGUAUAGUGUACAGAAAUUGGCAGAAUAUUUUCUUGCUGCAUUCAGUGAUUUAUUAACCGAAGUAAAACAGACAAAUAUAAAGUGUUAGCAAAAGCUGAAAGAAAAACAAAACAGUUUGUGCCUUUUUUAGUUUAUUUUUCUGUUGCUAUAUAAUCACUGCACUAAAACCUUUCCAGAGGGAAAACAGAAACAAAAACUAGUCUUUUAAUAAGGGAGGAAUAUGUAAAGCCUAAAUUGAGCAUUAAUUUUUUUAUUAGGAUAUUUAAUUAAAAUAAUGUUGCUGGUUUUAUUUGAUACCUGUGCCUUUGUAAUAAAACUCCACAUCCUGUCAGAAUAUCCAAAACUGGAAUAAAUCCCACCAGAUCCCACAGACGCAGAAGUACCAUCAGGUUACCAGUAUUUUCUUUAAUGUGUGUAAACCUUAACUGAUGAUAUUACAGUAUCUGAUCGUGUAAUACCUGUUGAGUUUCCCUGGGGAAGAGGUGCUUUGGAAAGGUAUGGCUUUCAAGGUGCUGUCUGCAUUCCUCCCCCAGCUGGAGAUGCACAGAUAAGGAUUGAAUCAUUGCCACUUGGCCAGUAGCUGCCAAGCAAAUUUAUUCCCUUAACGCUUCUGCCAGUUGCUUUGUGACCAGGCUUUUUGGAAGAAAUCCAGCUGGUUGCUCCCAGUUCUCCAGCCAGGACAGCUUGUUUCUGAAGGAAAGGGCUGGCUGCCAAAUAGGAUUUGCUCUCCUCAGAAGACAGAGAGGGCUGCCAGGGCUGCAUCCCCUGUAGCAGUGGUGGGACAGGGGUACACCACCUCCAGCGUUGUUGCUGUUCUCCCGCCCAGAGCUGCUCUGAAUAGGAUUAGACAAGGUUGGACUUAAAAGCAUCAAGUGAUACUGUUGUUUUGUCUGCAUUCAAGAGAAGUUUCCCUAAAUGCGAUAGCUCAGGCUCAGCUCUGGAGCCACACAGUUGCUGCUCUGUGUGUCCCCGGGGCUUUGGACCAUGCCAGGCUCUCCUGCUGCCCCCAGGGCCCAACCUGCCUUGCCCCUGCUGCCUGGGUGAGUGUACAGGUAGAGCACAGUGCACCUUGCAGGGCAGUGUGUUGAGGCUGAGUUGCCUUUGGCAGAUCCAUUCGUCUGCUCUGCCUCUUUCAGGGUGUGCUGGUUUAAACAAUGCUGCAUGGAAAAGAUCCCACAGCUCCUCAUUUGUGACCCCCAGUCCUGGCUUUGCAGCCCCCCUUGGGGAACUUCUUGCUUCUCCUGCCCCCGAUAGCUGUGGUCAGCACAGCCCUCUCUCUGGGCCUGAGCAUCAUCUCUGGAGUCUUCCCAUCCCAGUUCUGUGGCUGGGUGGGUGCAGAGCAGCACAAGAUGGUUGUGGGUUUGGUUUUGUUGCCAGAAAACCCUUGAUAUCCUAUUGCCAGUUCUUGAGUCUUGAUUGCCACAGAGUCUCAUGUCAAUGUGAGAUGGGAGGGGAGGCUCCUGAUUUAUAUUCGUGAUUUCUCUUUUCAAGGAUAAUUCUGGCUGAAGUGUGAGGAAGAGUAGAGCAUCUCUUGGGUUUGGGCCUCAGUUGGUAAAUGUGGUGGCCAGUAAGACCACUUCAGAUUUAGGUAGAGGAUGUGUUGGAGAUGUGAAGGCACUUCCCCCAGCUGUGCCAGAUGCCUGCUCUUACUUUACAGUGCAGAUGGGCUGUCACAGCCCCCUGCCCUUGUGCUGUGUGCCAGCUGGUGGCACAGGGAGUGCAGUUUCCUCACCUGGCUUCUCUCUCCUUAGCAUGGGGCUUUUUCUGCUAAUCCCUGUGCAUUGGGCACUGCUCAAGAGCCUUCUGCUUGGAGGGGCCUAGGACAGAGCCCUUUGUCCCCGAGGAAGGAACCAGGUGUGAUGUCCAAAAGUUAAAAAAAAAAAAAGUAAAAAAGGAGGAAAAAAGGGGGAAAUUGCAUUGCUGUGGCAGAGGUCCAGGGCCUCAGGGCUGCUCCAGUCCUCCAGCACAGCCUGGGCCAUUCGCUGUGGAGUGAGUGGGAACUCCCUGCACAUCCUGAGCAAACUGGCAUCUCCAGCACAUGUCAUAUUUGGCAAUAAGCUCUCUGGGAAGCUUGGCCCCUGAACAGAUCCAGGCCAGUAACGCUAAGCAAUGAAACCAACAAAGUGGUUUCUAAUCUAUCUUGAAACCCUUAAAUUCGUAUUUGUUGUAAUUCACACUGUGUUUUCCCUCUGUGAAUCAGACAGCACCUGCAAGAUGCUUGGGAAUGGCAACUGUAAUGUGUCUCCACUGGGAAGUUCAGGGCAUUGCCUUUGGGGUGUUCCCAUCAACCGAAAGCCACUCUUUUCCCCCACCUCUCUGUCCCCAUGUGUGAUGGGGGACAGUGUUUCUGAGCAAGCCUUUACCUCUCUCCAGACGUGCUGCAGGCUGUGCCCACACACAGGACUGAGUGGCAGGACCUGUGCUCUUCCCUGCAGCUUGGGGAGCAGCCAAGGGAGUGGGUGCUGCUGCAGGGAGGAGAGGGGGUGCCUUGGCUGCAGGGCUUUUCAGGCUGGAAGGAGAUAGCCAGCAGUGACCCUGUCAGGGACAAACAGGCUUGUUUUUAAGAUGUUUGUUGGGAGCAAGAUCAGUUUAACAGUGUUGAAAGGAGACUAUGUGGGUGCUCUGCUCUUCAGGUGCGAGGUGCAGCAGCACUGCAGGGCUGAGCUGGUUGUGUGCAGUGGGGGUGGUGUGGGGCACAGAGGCAGGACUGCCCUUUGUGAUGCUGCAGAGGUAGCUGCACCCCCGAAACUUGUGUCACAGCUUGCAGGGCACAAGUCAUUCUUCUGCUAUAUUCAAGAUGGAUGCAUCUAAAUUCUUAAAAUCCCCAAGGGCCAGCUCUGCAUCUGAACUUGCUUCAGCUUUGCCUUUCAGCAAAUGCAGGGGGCAAGUGACCCUGAGGACAUCUGUCCCGGGUUGUUGGGACCUGGGGAGUCAUUUUCCCCCACCCCCCUGUUGUUUAUUGUCAUGGGAAAUGAGGAUGAUGCUUUAGGUCACGAUGUUAGAAUUUUUAAGUCCCUCUGUAGGAGAGGUAGGACUAAGGGUCAGCAGGUGGCUGUUGGGGACAGUAUAUGCCUGGUGGGGUCCUGGUGCUGCACACCUGGGAGCAGAAGGUGUUUGGUGCCUGGGGGGGCUCAGGCCCUGUCCUUGCAGUGGCCAGCUGCAAGUACAGAAAGUCUCAUGAUCAGAAUUCCCAAGGGAACUGUGGUUUUGCAAAGCCUUGUCACAAUCCUUGCUGCUGCUGAUCUGUACCCAUCUGUGAUGCAGGUCUGCUGCCUUUUAAUUUGCCAGAUUUGCUGGCUGAGGUGCAAAUGGAUAGAGACUGACUGCAGGGAAUUCCGAACUGCCAAACACACAAAGUCAGGAACCACCUCUGGUUACCUCUGAAUUAACAGUCUCAUUUUUGCUGUGCUGGAGCCUGUGUUUCAUUAGUGCUAGUGUGACACUGUUGGUAUGCACUCUAUUUAAUAAAGGCAUUUUAAUUCCACACUAAUGGGAGUCUUGCAGUGGAAUAUACUGUACCAUGUAAAGAAAACAAAGGAAUACUAAGUGUUAAAUAAGCUUUAAAAUGCAAAAGGAUAAUUUUCUCUUUUUUUUCUCCCUCAAAAUACAUCCACACAGAAUCUUGAGAAAAAAAUUGGUAUGCUCUUGCAUCCCCCAGUCCUAGAGACUAUGCAACAGAGCUUAUGUUUAUUUCCUACCAAAACCUGCUACCUUAGGGGUGAUUGGGAGUACAUUUCACUGAAAAUAAAACAAGAGAUUAAUUUGAACAAGUGAGAGUUUAGUCAAAACACAGUAUUGUUUAAAAUAACAAGCUCUAAGUCAGCUUUUGGAGUUUGAUCACUGUUCAGUGCUGUCUUUGUAUUGCACAAUGGUCACCUGCAAGAGAGAAUAUGCUUUUAACAUCUAAAUAGUAGAAGACAGACUUAGUGAGACCAAGAGCAUAACAAAUACAUGAUGCAACUGUAAAUUUAUUUACGAGUAACACAUUUGAAUGCAGAAGCAGCUACUGCUAUAUAAGCAUAAUGAACUUAUAGCUAACAUUGUUUUCAAUUUCUUUUCCUCCAAAGCUUAAUCCUUUUGCCUUGUAAUAUGUAUAUUUGAUUUUUUUUUUUAAAAUGUAAUUAGGUUUAACAAAGCAUCCGUUGCUUUGUGAGUUGUACUUAUGAUUGUGCUGGGCUGUUAGCUUUAAGCAGUUUGUGUGCUUGUGUUAUUUUAUUAAAGCAAAAGUCUUCUUGAGACAAAAGCGGUAAAGGAAAAAAAAAUAUUUUUUUGGUAGUGUUAAACAGAUGUGUGGUAUGCAUUUGGAAAAUGUCCAAUGUCAGUUGAAAAAAAAAAAAAAAAAAACCAAAACAAAACAGGCUAAAUUGCUUACCAGAACUGCUCACAUUUAAGGCAGUGGCUUAUUCACUCACGCCUAAAUAGAAACUUGGAUUCCCCCAAACAGCCUCUUACUCUGCAUCUCUUCACCGUUGUACAAGACUGAUGUGAAAUGAGUCUUGUGUUUUCUAUGUUCAGCAUAGUAUGUACUGUACUUUGUAAUGGGAAGUGGCUACAAGUCCUCAAAGAAAAAUGAAACAUAUUCUAAAACAGCAAUAAUUAUCACUGUAAAGCAAAUGAGCACGUGGGGGAGAGCCCAGGGAGAUAGUUAAUGAAGGUGAUACCAUUAGGAACAUGCUGGCAUCAGUGCUGUUGUUGCACCUGGGGAGCAGGAUUAAGUACUAGGGGAGGCCAUCCUGGGACUAGACAUCACCUUGGCCAAGAACUUGCCCAUGUGGGGUCCCUCCACCUGAGUCACUUUGAGUCUUAUGCAGCGCAGGUUUUUCACCAAAGUUUUAAGGGCAAGUUAUUGCAAAUACUGUUCCUGGUGGGAGACACAGACACAAGGAAGAGCUGUCAGUCACACAGAGGAAGGUAAACGUUCAUUGCCACAGUUUGUAUCCCAGUGUACUCUGCUACUGCACAACUGGGGCUCCACAACAGCAGAAAAUAGAAUAAAUUACUCUAAUUUUCUACGGAGGGAAGCAGGAGUCAGCUCUGUUGGAAAGAUGUUUGCAUACUGUCAAGGUAUCAACACACACCUGUUCCUCUGGUGUGGCAGGAUGUGUUAAGAUGUGUCCAAGUUAUCCCUUGAUGUGCUUUAAGCAUUUGAGCUCCAACUUACAAAGCUUAUCCUGUGAGAGGGUGUGGUCUCUCAGUCUGCAGUGGGCAGAGCCCCGGGAGCCAGCCAGCUCUCCAGGGGCAGCAGGGUGUCCUCAGGCAGGGGCAAGUGAGGUGCUCUGGACAAAUGACUUGUAGGUACUUAAGUUCUGUUCCUGAUGGCCGCUGUAACUGUGAAAAUUAACCAGACCUGCUGUGAUAAAUUUGGUUAUAUAAGGUUUAUUUGGUUAAUUUUUUAUAAGUGAAAACUGAAAAGAUGAAAGAGAAUUGUAAUAUGAAAGCAACUGCUGUAAAUAAUGUACGAAUGAAUAAAAUCUAAAACUUAUGUCAGUUUUUUCCUAAA